AUUUGGUCAGUCGAUCAUCAGAAAAGAAAAGAAAAAGGAGGUGUUGUGAUGGUGUUGUUCGCAAAAUAAUUUCGAUGCAAUGUUGGAAAAAGUGUUCGAUUAGUGCAAAACUAUAGUGUUGCCCUGCUGAUUCGUCGUCGACCUCGUCGUUUAUUUUCGCUAAGUUUUGGAAUUCGGUUGUUUGUUUUUCGGGAAUCCGGAUUUGGUCCCUUCCUUCGUUGUUGCCAGAGUUGAGGAGAAGACUUCCAGUAACCCAAGUGAAGAAACAAGUUAAAAAUUCCAGCAGCCUUGGGGGAUCGGAGGGGCUGUGUAUUGUAGUUCGCAGGAAACAGCAGCAGUAGCAACAACAAUCGAGUAUUUUUUCCAAAAGAGAAAGAAAGGGAAGGGAGGAACCCAAUCUUCGGGGAGUUCCUAGGAAGCAGCUGGCCAGUUUGAGUUGGAAACGCGUCCAAACGGCUACAGGCUAGCGGGAAGUGUCAGCUGCAAGCUAAGGAUGUGGACGGGAUGGCUUCCCACGCAACGACCAGUUUACUGAGUUCCGGAAUCUCUCGGCGCAAUCCGGAGGACGAGUACGAGCUGAUCCACAAGAUCGGUUCCGGGACGUACGGCGAUGUUUACAAGGCGAAAAAGCUCCAAUCGAACGAACUAGCGGCCAUCAAGGUGAUCAAGCUCGAGCCGGGCGAUGACAUCCAGAUCAUUCAGCAGGAGAUCGUGAUGAUGCGGGACUGUCGGCACCCGAACAUCAUCUCCUACUACGGGUCGUAUCUGCGCCACGACAAGCUAUGGAUUUGCAUGGAGUAUUGUGGGGGUGGCAGCCUGCAGGACAUCUACCAGGUGACGGGGCCCCUCACGGAGCAGCAGAUCGCCUACAUGUGCAGGGAGACGUUACUCGGGUUGAGCUACCUUCACUCGAUGGGAAAAAUCCAUCGGGACAUCAAGGGGGCGAAUAUUCUGCUCACCGAGAAGGGCGACGUCAAGCUGGCCGAUUUCGGCGUGUCCGCCCAGAUUACCGCGACCAUCAACAAACGGAGGAGUUUCAUAGGAACGCCUUAUUGGAUGGCACCGGAAGUGGCAGCUGUAGAACGAAAAGGUGGUUACAACCAUCUCUGUGAUAUUUGGGCCUGUGGGAUUACAGCGAUCGAACUGGCCGAAUUGCAGCCUCCCAUGUUCGAUCUGCACCCGAUGCGGGCCCUGUUUCUGAUGUCGAAGAGUGGCUUCAAGCCGCCCACGCUCAAGGAUAAGGAACGGUGGAGUGCCAACUUCCAGUCGUUCCUUAAGGUAGCCCUCACCAAGAACCCAAAGAAGCGUCCAACGGCCGAGCGGUUGCUGCAGCAUGCCUUCUUCCAGUCGGAAAUGUCGGUCCGGCUGGCGGUAGAGCUGCUGCAGAAGUACCACAGCCCGCACCAGAGUUACUUCUAUCACGAAGGUGACGAGGAAGGGGCUGUCGCUAUUGGACCACAGAGAAUUACGAGUAAGAUGCAGGCACCUAGUCCGGUAUAUUUGAAACCUUCACUGGAGUGUGAAAGAUCAUCUAGUCCUGAAACUUUACCUAGUGAUAUGAGUCUAUUGCAUUAUAUAGACGAGGAGUUGAAACUAAGGCGAACCUUACCGCUUUCGAACAACCCCAACGACUCGCUGACCGGGGGCGACGGGGAUGGGCCGGGCGAGUGCUCCUGCUCCGGCGACAGCUACGACAAUAACGGAGGCCGGGACGAUUCCACGCUCAGCUAUGCCGAUCUGGACAACUUGAACGCACGCUUCGAGAAGCUCAACUCGCAAAAUGGAGUCAGCGAAGGGGUUGUCGGAAUUGACGAAGAAGAGCCUCACAGUAAACGAAGAUCGAUGGACCAACUGACGGGUCUGUUCAACGAUCUGGAGAAGUCUUCUAGGCAGCGUAGUCUAAGCGAUGGCGACGGAAAUAAUGAGAAUGAAACGCAACCGGAUUUGUUGAACAAUACACCACCGGUUCCACCAAAGCGCAGCCACCGAAGUCGUCGGCACACGCCGCCCCGUCCGGUUUCCAAUGGGUUGCCACCGACGCCGAAAGUUCACAUGGGUGCCUGCUUCUCCAAGAUAUUCAACGCAUGUCCGCUACAUAUCCACUGUACGACGUCCUGGAUCCAUCCGGACACCCGGGAUCAGUACCUGCUGAUCGGCGCCGAGGAGGGUAUCUUCAACCUGAACAUGAACGAACUGCACGACGCCGCCAUCGAGCAGCUGUACCCGCGGCGGACGGUGUGGCUGUACGUGAUCAAGGACAUUCUGAUGUCGCUGUCCGGCAAAACCUCGCAACUGUACCGGCACGAUCUGCUGGCGCUACAUUCCAAGCACACGCACAGGUUUUCGCUGCACAUGAAGAAGAUCCCCGAGAAGCUGGUGCCCCGGAAGUUUGCGCUCACGACCAAGGUGCCGGACACCAAGGGUUGCACGCAGUGCUGCGUCACGCGGAAUCCGUACAACGGGUACAAAUAUCUGUGCGGAUCGAUGCAGAGUGGGAUCUUCUUGAUGCAGUGGUACGAUCCGCUGAACAAAUUUAUGCUGCUGAAGCAGUGCGACUGGCCGUCUGGCAACCUGCAGUACUACGGGGUAAAUUCGAACGUGUUCGAAAUGAUCAUCACCCCGGAGCUGGAGUAUCCGAUAGUGUGCGUGAACGUUCGGCGCGGUCCGAACGAUAGUCUUAAGCUGGAUCUUAUCAAUACCAACAAUUCUUCAAGUUGGUUCAACUCCAAUAACGAAGAAAUGGAUGGAAUGGCUACCGUCAUCAACCGGCGGGACACGCUACGACCAAUUAAAGUGCACCAGAUUGAACGGGAUGCUAUUCUAGUUUGCUACGACAAUAUCGUACAAAUCGUUGAUGUUUUGGGUUUCCCCAAGCAGAGUAAAAAGUACAUUUCUCGUUUGGAGUUCAAUUUUAAUAUCGCUAGCAUAGUUUGUUUAACCGAUAGCGUGCUGGCGUUCUACAAAAACGGCAUGCAGGGUCGAUCGCUGCGAAACGGUGAGAUUACCCAAGAGAUUAACGACGCCAGUCGGAUAUACGAGCUGAUCGGGAGUGACAACCGAAUCGUGAUGCUACAGAGUCGGAUCAUGCGGGCACCACCGGAACCGCAGGAAGGCUCCACCGAGGAAGGACACGAUUUGUAUGUAGUUGCGGGGCACGAGGCCAGCUAUUAGGGGAACAGAGGAACCAGUCCAAUCACUCCCAACCCCAAUCAGUCAUUCCAUCAGCAGCAGCUUCCGAGCACCUCUGUCCCCGAAUCGGUUCCGCGUUUGGCCAUUGGAUCCCUCGGGAUCCCCCUCUUCCACGGCCUUUUUGCUACAGUUUCCGCACCACGUUCCGGUAAGUAGUUGUGGAUCAUACUCGAGGUUUACUCGCUAAGGUGGAAUUUUUGAGACCCUGGAAUGAAAGUUGGAAUGUAAAAAAAGGGUAUUAUAGUGGAGCUGUGCAGUCGAACUGAAUCGAGUAGUCGAAUUACCUUAAAAAAAGAUAGUUUUUUUUUUCGGUUGAAUCGCGACAGCAAACAGUUUCUAAUUAUAUGCAUUGUACAUUGGAUCAGAAAGUUAAAAACAAAAAUAAACACACAACCAAACACUUAUGCAAAAAUUAGCAAAUCAGUUUGUGUGGUACUUGUAGUUAAAAGGAAGGAUGCGAGUUUUUGUUACGGAAUGAUGUGAGAUUAACCAAUUCAAGGCAGGAGAGCAGCGAUAUGGCAUCAGAGUAUUGGCAGUUCUUAUUAGAUAUAUUAAAUAUAUCUCUUUAUAUAGUGCGACAUGUUUAAUAAAUUGAACCGAAAAACUAAACUAUAUAACUAAAUGCAACCAAUUAGGACAAACAUGGAACAAAUUUAAUUGUAGAUGGCCCUGGUGGCGCAGCGGUUAAGCUGAAGGAACAUUUUCGUUUUGAUUUCGUCCUCUUUUCCUUAGAUACGUACGUACAUUUAAUAAUAGUUACACAACACAAGUCAGGGAUUGUUUUUACAAUUUUUUUUCGAAUCGGUAUAAAUAAUUUCCACACAGACAACUUUGCAUUUCACCUCAAUUCCGUUAUUACAGAAACCAAUUCCCAUUGCAUGUAUUUGAAUGUUACUACUAUGUAUAAAUUCGUGCGGGGCUAGCAAUUAUAUAGGAAGUAUUUCUUGCGUCUAGGCUCUUUUGCGAAUGUUUUACCCUGUUAAUUAAAAUAAAACCAAUACAUGGGUUCGAUCUUUUGUUUGAUGUUGUGAAAAUGAAUAAUAAAAUAAAUAUAUAUAUUUUUAUACUUGUGAAAGUGCAGGGACGGAAAAAGAUCGUGCGAGUCAAGAUUUACAGACAUACCAUUCACCUAUCCAACGUAUAGGCAGACAAAAUUUAGCAAUCAAAGGGCAACCCCGUACUAAACAAGAAAACAAAAAAAAAACAACAACAAAACUAAAAGCAAGAUUAUAGUGAAAAUAAAAAUUCGUUGAAACAAUAAAUUAAUAAAAACUUGUAAACCAGAUUCCGUAUUGAGUA